UUUUGACCACAAGUAUAUUGUACCGUUUUUUUUUUCGUAGCGGAGUUAAUUAAUGAUGAAACGAUUUAUUUUUAUAUUUUGGGUAUUUUUUAGUCUCUCUGUUUUUCAGAAUGGAUGUGCAUCUGCAGGAAAAUGUGUUUUCUGCAAAUUUGGAUUGAUAAAAACACCUCUAAACUCAUCGGUUAUAAAAUCAACAAAUGAUAGACCCAAAUCCUUGCAUACAAUGACUUCAGUGUCUAUACAAAAUACAAUUUUUGUAAAAACUAACUUGGACCAUCAUACCGAACAAGAUUUUCUUACUUCUACAAAGACUGCUGAAGAUCUGGUAAAAUUCAGUUCUCAGACUUCAUUGGCCAACUUAUCACAUGAUGAAAAAUUAUCGAUAAUUAUAGUUGUAACGUCGUUCUACGGUCAUAUGACAGUCCCACUACCACCUGUUUUGGCCAUUAACUUGAUCAACAUGUUAGCAUGUUCACCAAAGUUAUUUUCAUCAAUUCCUCAACAGUGCUUGAAUUCGAUAUUGUCUAUAUUAGCAGUAAAUCAAUGCGCACUAUGCGGAAUACCGACAAAAGAUGUAGUCCCGUUUUUAAACGGAUUGCUUUCACUAUCCCCAGGUGUCUUGAACAGCAUCCCGAAGGCUAGUUUCAUUUCAAUACUAGGAAUGGCGUCUUCUACAGAAAUUUUUAACAAUGUAACACAUACGUCGGUAAUGAAUUUGAUUACUGUGCUUUCGAUGUCAAAAUCGACGAUCAAGUGUCUGCCGCUGCCGACUUUAUUUUGGUUGAUGACGUUCGUGGCAUCUAAACCACUCACGGAAUUAAUGAUCAUUUUAUCACCUUCUACUGUGUACGAUUUUCUGGGAGGGUUGUUGGACACACUUGAUGACUCGUCACCUUUUCUGAUAAAUACAAUACCGACUUCAGUAACCGUUGCGAUACUUAGUCCUAUAAUGACCACGCGCAUGUUGGGCGUAAUGCCGAUAAUUUAUUUCGACUUGCUGAUGUCCGUCCUUGGUUCAUCACACGCGAUAUUAAAAGCUUUACCAACUACUAAUUUUAUCUCGACUUUUAAUAUUUUAAUAAAUUCACCAAACAUAUUGAGCUCUUUAAAUCCAAAUAACGUGGCCAAAAUACUAUCCUCGGUGGCCACAUGUCCAUCAAUAAUGGAUAAUAUACCUUUAAAUUAUGUACACCAAUUAUUAGAGAAAAUAAGUGUGUAUUCGCCGUCAUCUUUAGCUUGUAUUUCUGAAAAUGAAUUAACAUUGUUGUACAGAGAAAAAAAUUAGAAAAUAUCCACGUAUUUUUUUUAAUAUUAAAUAUAAAUAAAUUAUAUUUAAUUUUUAAUUAGUUCAAAUGUCUGCAUUAUAAUUUUUAUAAUAGUUUCUUUUUUUUUAAAUUUAUAUUAAACUUUUCAUGUUAUUGAUUAAAUUGUCAUUGUAUGGCUCCUUUUUAAAAUUGUAUUACUGUAA